UCGCGAACAGGUAACGAAAACGACAGUUUGAAACGAUAUUUAUUUAUUUAUUUUAUUGUCUGUGGUCGGUCGAAACAAUGAAGUUUUACCUGGUCUAUAAAAAUAACGGCCUGUACGAUCCAGUGCUGGACGAAUACGAGCCAAUAUACGAGCAGAUAGACCGGGAAGAUUUCGACCGACCAUCUCAACCGACUGAGGUAUUCCAAAUACAGCAAUUCUUGGACCCUAUCAACCCUGAAUACUACGAGAAACAAGAUUUAAAUCAGAUCAAUUCCAAUUUUUAUGAUGAUCCACAAAACCCUAACAAUAUUACCGAAUUUAACGAUCCCAGUCAAAUUUUGUUGGGAACCCCGAAACCGUCUGAAUCCAGGUCCUUAACUGCAUCCCCUUUCGCUUUAUCUACUAAACCUUACCGUCCUUUUUCCACGGAACCCUUAGGUGACAUCCCAGAUUUAGAAGACCCAAUAAUAUUAAAUCCUAACUACAGGGAUGAGUUCGGAAAACAUGGUGAAGACGAAGAAGUCGUCGAAACUAAAUUUAAAUUGCCUAUUUCUGAACAAUACGAUCCAGACUGGAAGAAGAAACAAGAGAAAAUCAAAAAAGAAAAAGAAAUAAUAGACAACAGGUUAAAAGAGUCUACAGAAAGAAAAACUGUUGAAAGUAAUUCUAUAUUAACCAAAAAUGUAGAACAAAUUAGCAAGACAACAAUUGAAGAGUUUAAAUCUGAACUGAUGACAAAAGAAGAAAUUGAAUUUACAAAGAAAAUGAAACAGGAAAUUGACAUUGAUAAAAUUGAAAUGACUGCAACGAACAUUGUCAAUGAAAGUAUAGAAAAAGCAAUGACUGUUGCAGAAGAAAUAAAAAAAGAAAUAGACGUGGAACUCUUAGAUCACACUAUAAUCAAACAGGAUGCGGAAAUUGUAGAGACUAAAACUGUUGAAGAAUGUGAAUUAACAAAUGAAAAGAUUAAUACCGAAUCUCAUAAACAAUCUGUUAAAGGUAUUACGAAGGAAUCUACUUCUGAUACAGCUCAAUUAAGUUCAGAAUCUAUGACUGCAGUAUCAGCAAAAGAACCAACUGUGGUUACCAAAGAAGCUAGUGAUGAAAUUGUUAAAAGUGAUAAAACUGAUAUCAAAGUAGCCAAAAUAGUUGAAAAAUUCGAUUCUAAUGAGAUUGUAGAGAAUUCGAUAAAUGAGAGGCGAUUAUCUGCUAAGCAAGAAAUAGAAGAAACUAUUGAAUCAGGAAGCGUUAGAAGAAAAUCAAUGAUAUUUGAUACAGAAGUAGAUACUAAAGAAGUUUUGGAAAGAAAAGAUAGCCAGAGAAAAAAAUCCCUACAAGAAGCUCAGAAAUCUUAUCGCCAAGAAUCUGAGACUUUUGAAACAUCCCAGAAAACCAACGAAUCUAAAAUACGUGAUGAAAGAAUUUGUUCUAAAUUAUUAGCAGAGCAAAGAGCUUAUACGAUCGGUUUACAGACCAUUCCAAAUAUAAGGGGCUCUAUACAUUCAAAUUACCAUUACAAUUUGUUAUUAAAAACAUUUUUUAUUCAUUUAACUGAUGUUAUGGUAGCACUAUCUAGAUUUAUUCUAAGUGAGCCUGUAUUUACAAAUUUGGAUGAAAGUCAAGAAAAAGUUACUACUCAUGUGACGAAAAAUGAGAAACAAGUAAAAACAGAAUCGGAACAAAAAGAAACUAAAAAAGAUAUAAGAAUUUCAGAUAAAACAGAUAUCAAAACAAUUGUAAAAGCUGACGAAAACAAAAGAGUUGAAGCGUCAGCAGUUAAAGAUGCAAAAGAAAUAAAUGUAAGUAAGCUGGAGGAAAACAAAACUACAAAAGUAUUCGCAAAAGAAGUGGAGAAGAAAAGAAUUGAAGAACAGAAAAAUGUUACACAAGAGAAAAUUGAAGAUGUUCAACAGAACUUAGUAGUAGAAGAAGAAAAGGGUCAUAAGCGUAAUUUAUCGGGGUCUAAAAUGGCGCAACUCAGCGAAAAGAAAUCAGAAGAACUAACUGUUAAAAUGGAUGCCGUGAUAUCAGAAUUCCAGAACAAAACUGGAAUAGAGGAAUCAGAAGUUAUAGAACGUCGUAACAGAAGGUCUAGGAGCCGCAGUCAGAUUGAAGAAGAAGUAAUGAAUGAGAGCGAUCCACUAGAAUGGUUAGCGAAAAAAGAUAAUGUCAGUUCAUCACAAGCAGUAACUGAAAUCAAAACGUCUAAUAAAUCUGUUAGUAGCAUGUCACAUUCUACAACACAAAAAAAGGUUGAAACGCAUGAAGCUAAACAAAUAACCACUACGCAAUCGAAAGAAAAACAGAUGUAUGUCGCGAUAGUCGAAGCUCAUGUUUUCACAAAUAAAGAUGCAAUUUUCGAAGAGCAAUUAGCAGAAUUUUCUGAAACUGCAUCAGUGCAAAGUGCCGAUGAAGUUAACAUAGCUAUUGAAUGUAAUGAAGCUGUGAGUACAGAAAAUGUGGCAUUGAAGCAUGAGCAACUUAUAAAAGAAGUAGCUAAAUCUGCAGUAGAAGAUACUCACGUUUCUUCAUUUGCUGCUACAACAGAAAAAACAAAAGUUCAAGUAGCUGAAGAAGUUAUUAAAGACGUUCAAGAAGUCGUGGAAAAGAAAUCACAUCACCAAAUUGCAACGGAAUCUGCAAUUAAAAAUAUAAAAGAAAUUGAAAGUAUCAAUAUUAAAAGUGAGCAGAUGUCGGUUAAAGAAGAGUGCAUAACCAAGUCGGUUGCUAAACAAUUAGAAGUCAAUGUUGAAGCAUCUAAAAAAGAGGCCAUUGAAAUCGAAGAAAUAAUUAAUGAUUCAUCGUCUGUUGUAAUUAAUGAAGAAGUAGAAAAUCACAUUCAAUUAGCUGAAGAAGAAAUAAUUGCAGAAAAGAAAGAAGAAUCAUUAGAUUUAGAAGUAUCCGCCGCUGUAAAAGUAGAGAAUGUCAUUAAACCGAUCGAACCACAAGUUGAAUCUACUGAGUUGAAAAUCGUAAAAGAACAAGUCAUAGAAGUGGACAAUCCUCCUGAAAUUAGACAAGAAUCUCAGACUAAAAUCGUACAAAUCGAGCAAUCACUUGACCUGUCCAAACAGCAAAUGGCAGUAUCUUUAAGCAAAUUUGUCGACAUAUCUGAAUCUAGUUCAUGUGAAUUUGUACACGAGAAAGCCGAGAGUCAUAAAUCAGAAGUAAUCCAAGAAUCUACUUUCGUGGCAAAGUCUUCAGAAUCAUCGACAUCAAAAUCGUCAUCACACAAUCUCACAUUGCGCACUGAUUUAGCCCAACAGGUUAUUUUGGAUAGGCAAUCGUCUGUGCAAAGCGAUGAGAAUAACAAUAUAGAUACACCCACCCCGUCAACUGUUCCACCAACACCUUUAACUGACGAAUACGUAUUCAAAUUGCAAAUACCGCUUCCUAAAACUAAAGGAACCCUAAUAGUCGAGCACGAGGAUCCGAAUAUUGUGAAAAAAGAAGAUUUUCACGAAGAUCCAAAUAUAGUUAAGAAAAAGUUAGUGCCCCAUAUUGAGACGAAUUUAGAAUCUCCCAUACUUUACGAUCCUCCAUUACCAACUCCCCCCGAGGAGAAAGUUUCUUUUCCUGUUUAUACAAAACCAGGGUUACGGGGUGGCGCUGAUGGAAAAUAUUACAGGCGGGAAGAAAUCUUGGAGAUCGGAAGAAAGUCGUCUCUUUUAGCGUCGGCUAUUGAUGAAACAAUUAAAAGCAUAGAGGAAUAUAAAGAACAAGUUGGUAUGGAUACUAACACGGAUAUCGAUGUUGAAGUAAAAUCAAAAAUUGAGUAUAAUACUGCAAAAACAGAGAGUUUCUCAAAAGAAGAAACCACUGUUGAAAUGCAACAAGUGUCUAAAGCUGAAGAAGUUAAAAUCGAUUAUAAAGCAGAGACAGAAUGGUCUAAAAUCGAUAAACAGGUUACUGAUAAUGUGGAAAGUAUCGAUGAACUGUCUAAGGCGGCUAAAGUUGAUAUUACAGAUGUAGAUGAGAAAUUAAAAUCAGAUAUGAUAAAAGAUGAAAAUAAAUUUUUAGAUACUAACCAAUUAAUUGAAGCUAGUGAUAAAGUAACAGACAAAGAUAUUAAAGAAAGUUCGACAAUAACAGAAAAAGUAUUAGAAAGUAAAGAAAACUUUGCAGCUAGUGAAACUAAUAUACAAAAUGCAGAAAAAAUAAACAGUCAUAAUCUAGAAUCUGUUCUAAACUUUAAAGAUGAAAGCAUAUCCGAAACUAUAGCAAGAGUAGAGAAGAUUGAAAAUGAAGAAACUACGAUGUUAGAGGAAAAGAAGGAUCCAUUGCUUGGUUACAGACCUGUCGUUUUUAAUCCAGAAGAAAUUGUUAAGCAUAAACACUUUGAAAUGGUUGAGGAACAGAAGCCUCCAGAACCUUCUAGAUUGUACAUGACACCUACUGGUGAAAUCUUGGGUACCGUUCAAGGAAUUGUGGAUGGUUUAGAGGAAGCGACCGUGGAUGAAGAAGUUGCCAAAGAAUUAGGCAAACCCGGUAUGACAGAGGAGAAGAUAGCAGAAUUAAUUUCCGGUGAAUCCGAAAUGCUGAGAGAGGCCCACGUAAUGGGCCUGAAACGAGUGAUAUCCUCACACAUGCACCGAACAAUAGAGGAUGAUUCCAGCGUCGACUUCAAAAAAAUCAAGCCUAUCGUGGAAUCGCUGCACAAUUCUGAAGUCUUGAAGGCACUGAACGAGGAGUUGAUUAAGACUAAAGAGGAGAAAAAGAAAGAAGAAAGGAAGUGGACGACGUUCCUGCAGAAACCAAAGAGGCCAGUGCCGAAAGCCAAAUUUGGGUAUUACGCGUAUGUGGAACAAGAGGAACCAGUUGUUGAGGAACCGUAUAAAGUGAAAAUAGUGAAACAACCUAAGCCUAAAGUUGCUCCCGAUUACAAAAGAGAGGACUUUGACACUGGACCACUACCUUGGGAGGAGAGAGCUCUAAACGAGCCUAGCCCCCCACCUAUCGAGCCAGAAGAACCUAUAUUAGUGCCUGAAGAGGUGCCAGAGUUUCUGGAAGCCGUAGAUCCCCUACCAGAGAGCGAAGUUCCAGAUCUAGAAGAAACUGGUAUACCUUUACCACCACCAAAACUCGAAACCGAAGAAACCGUGCAACCAGAAAUAGCUUUUGAAGAUUCAAAAACAGAAGAUAUUAAAGAAGAAACAGAUACACCAUCAGAACCCGCGGUAGAAGAGACACAGAAAGUAACAGAAAAUAUGGAGAGCCAAUUAGCUAAUCAAUUGAUUACCAACGUUCAAAGUAUGGUUGAUCCCAAUGCAACUUUGGAGCAGCAGUUGGCCCAGAUGAGAGCUCAACUGGCCGCGUUGGCUCAAUUGCCAGGGGUCAUCCAGCAGACCCUGGAGUUGGUCACUCGACAGCUGAGUCAGAUUACUGUUCAGGAAUCAGUUGCAAAGCAACAAUUGAUCGAGAAUUUAAUAUCUGAAACUCAAACUGAAUCUAAGGAACAAAAUGAAGCUAAUGAUCAUAUUGAAACAAUUGUACAAGAAGUAACAGAUAAUGGAGUGGAAGAGAACACUCCAGAACAGAACAUGAUUGUAGAAGAGAAAGAGAAUGUAAUACCGGAGAUGAAACAACCAUCUCUCACCCAGGAAGAGAUGGAGAAACUGAGAGCGGAGGAAGCGGAGAUGUUAGAAGAACAGAGGAGAAUUGAGAAGCAAAAGAAAGCAAUUAUAGAAGAAAUGAGGCAAGAACAAGAGUCUAGACAAUUGAAACAACGCCCCACACCCCGUGUGGGGAAGCCGAAACCUGUUUUUGGGCCGGCCACCCCACAAGAGCGUCCGUUGGUCCUACCGGGUGGUAGAAAAUGGCGGGGUCCAAAAGACGCAUACAACGAGCAAUUCUUCGCCGAAACAUUGACCGCUCAAGCUGAGCUAAUACAAGGGAAAACCAAAGGGUUAUCAUACGAAAGUGCGCUACUGCCAUAUGACGACAGGAUCAACUUCAUGAAAUACGAGAAGCCGCCGGUGUCUCUGGACCACCUGCAGCACUCGGAUGUGUACAAACUGGUGCACAACAUGGACCAAGCACCGGUCAAGCGUGUUGAGAUGCUGACGCCGGUGGUUGCCGAGGUCGACUAUAGGGAGUUGGAAGUGUUGGUAGAUUUUGGGCAAAACCCUGAACAGAAGGUAUUGGAUAAAACACUUUCAGAGCUGAAGUCUCAGGACGGAGUUAAAGAGGCACAAUACAAAGACGGAGCCAUUGUGGUUGAAACAACACUCCCCAAUGCGGUCAUACUGGACAUCGUUGCCAGGACGUCGGGCAAACGGACUGUGUUGCAAGGAUUCGGAGACACCCAGUCAGCAGUGGCCAUGGUGACAGGCGAGUCGUGCUGCCGUGGUAAUGUGGUGGGAGUGGUGAGGUUCCAGCAGGCCGGCGACGGUGCCCUCAUAGCCGACGGUAGCAUCGACGGCCUGACCGCCGGCCCGCACGGUCUACACGUCCACGAAGUUGGAGACUUGAGUAAGGGCUGCCAGUCGAUAGGUGACCAUUUUAACCCAUACAACUCGCCGCACGGAGCUCCUGAGGAUCCUAAAGAGUUGAGGCACGCUGGGGACCUGGGCAACAUUGUUGCUGAUGAGAAUGGAAGGGCGACUUUUAGGAUUCAGGAUAAUGUACUAAAAAUCUGGGACAUCAUCGGUAGAUCAGUGGCAGUAUCAGAGAGACAAGAUGACUUCGGACGAGGUUCUUCGCCACAUUCCAAGAUUAAUGGGGACAGCGGGAACCCAGUCGCUUGCGGCGUCAUCGCUCGCUCGGCGGGUGUGUUCCAAAAUCCAAAACGCGUAUGCGCGUGCGACGGCGUCGUGGUAUGGGACGAGAGGGACAAACCUCUUGCGGGGAAGGGGCGGAGGGAGGGGAAAAAGUGCGGCGGCUGUUGCCAGAGGGACAAUAAAGAGAUGCGUGAUGAAGUGGUCAAGCAGUGCUGUAAAGUUUAGACUAAUUUUUUUUAUACCACUGAGAUGGCAAACAAGCAUACGGCCCACCUGAUGGCAAGUGAUUAGGUAUUGCAUCGUCGUCAUCAUUUAUCAUUUCAGCCAUUCUCCGUCCACUGCUGGACAUAAGCCUCCCCCAUAGAUUGCCAUAAAGAACGGUCCUGAGCCACCUGCAUCCACCGACUCCCUGCAAUGCAUUUCAGGUCGUCUCUCCAUCUAGUAGAGGGUCCUACACUGCGUUUACUCAUACAUGGUCGACACUCAAGAGCCUUUCUUCCCCAUCGGUUGUCGAUUCUUCGAGCUAUGUGACCAGCCCAUUGUCACUUCAGCUUGCUUACCCUUCAGGCUAUGUCGGUUACUUUGGUUCUUUAGCGGAUAUCCUCGUUUCGGAUUCUAUCACGCAAAGAGACUCCGAGCAUAGCCCGCUGAGUAGCUUGUAGCUUUUGCAUUCGGGUAAUCGUGUAGGACCAUGUGUCGGUUCCAUAACUCACACGCACUGGUUACCCCUUCUUUGCAUACUGGUGGAAAUUUCCAUCAUAACAUUGAACGCCCAAAAAUUAUAUAAAAGAACAAGUUCACUUUAACUUGAUCGUGUCUGGAUACCUUUUUAAUGUCCAUUGCAGAAAAACAAAACUUAGCUGUCAAAUUUAUUUCUUUAACCAUUUUUCCUUUAAUUUUGAACAUGAAUUAUAUCACCUUGAUUUAUUUCACCAAUAAAUUUUUUUUUUUGGUAAUGAGUAAUUAUUGUGGGAUUACUUCUGUGUUAUUUUUAAAUAAACCUUUUUAUGGGAACAAUGAUUUGUUUUUUUUUUAUUGGCAACUAAGUUUUACCCGCGACUUCGUCCUUGUGUUUCAACCGUGAAGCAGUUGUGUUUGCAUGGCUGUGUUUCGGUUUGAAGGGUGGGAUAUGGCGUGAAUUUACUGGGUACAGAGGAAUAACACCUGAGUCCUCAGGAAUGGCAACGCAUGAGGGGUAUCAUAAGCGAAACAGUAUGUCCACGGUACUGCUCAUGUCUAUAGGCGACGGUUACCACUUUUCAUUAGGUGGGCCGUCAGCUUGUUUGCCAUUCUAAGUUGUAUAAAAAAAAUUAUAUAUCCCGUACGGGCAAACGCAGUGUAUGACGGCCCCCUCUAUUUCGUCCGACUCCAAAAAGAAGACAGUUCUAAUUUCGGUUGUAUUUUUCUAUAUCUGUUACCUCAUCACACCGUCAGUGGUAAAACCGAUUUGGAAAAUUCUUUUUUAACUGUAAGGAAGAAUCCCAUAGAGAUGUUAUAAAAAUGGGUUAAGUAGUUUAGUUUUUAAAUCAAAACUGGCUUUGCCACAACUAAAGUUUUUUUUAUACCACUGAGGUGGCAAACAAGUAUACGGCCUACUCGAUGGUAAGCGGUUACCUCAGCCUAUGAACGCCUGCAAUACGCGAGGUAUUACGCGCGCGUUGCCGUUGUUUUUUUUUUGUAUAAGAGAAUUAAAUUAUUUUUAAAUGCUACUAAAAAAUCAACAAUCUAUCGUACCCUUAGAUUAUGUGGAUAGAGCAUCGAUACUCAAAAACGGAUCAACUUUUUGUCAGCUAAUUGGCAAAUUGACUCGUCUUUUUAUCAGUGUUCUAUAUACUUACGCACACAAUGUAUCUUGACGUAUUAUUUAAUAAACAAAAUGAGUGUUUACGCAUUAAAACGAUGCAGAAAUUAUAAGACAAAAUAAAUAUAGGAGUUAUAUAUAUAUAUAUAUAUAUAUAUAUAUUCCUUUAGAAUCACUCGUAACUAUUUAUCACGUAAAAUUGUAUGAAAAACUUGACCUGGAUUUCUCGGUUUGUAUAGAGACACUCUAUCUAUAUAAUCUAAGGUCGUACCAUACUACAAUGCCAAGAAAAUAAUAAACUCCCAUCAAUUAAAUAAACAUAUUGUUUCCUUUCUCUUUAUUUGAGAAUAGAUGCCAAUAAACAGAAAUAUUAAUUGCUAACAAAUAAUAAUUUUAGAAGCCUUAGUAAUAUUACUAAGCUCGUUUAAAAAUAACAAUAAUGAAAAAAUAUUAAAGAUUUACAUAAUGGAACUGAGACGGUUUACAAAAAAUUAUACAUUGUAAUACUAUAUUCAGAAUUUGUUAUGAGUAUAAUUCACGAAAUGUAAAAAAAAGAAAUAGUUUUUGUGAAAUAACAUUAUGACAUGUGAUUAUUACAAUUAUAAACUGUAAUAUAAUGUAAGAUUGUAAUAUUGUUAUACUAUUUUUAGAAUUUGUUACGAAUAUAAUUCACGGAAUGUACAAAUGGUGUGUAGUUUUGUAAAAUAAAAUUAUUACAUGUAAUUAUUACGAUUAUACAUUGUAAUAUUGUAAUACUAAUUUUAGAAUUUGUUACGAAUAUGAUUCCAUAAAAUGUAGAAAUAUUAAAUUGUUUGUAACAAACGAAACAUUACAUUUAGAAAAUUAUACGCUGCAACGGUGCUCGUGAAUUAUCAUUUUUCUCAUCCUUGUUUUCUUACAUUAUCAUACGCUGCCUGUGAUUGUGUUAUUGUAUUAUUUCCACAAGUUUAUUAGUUGUAUACUUUUAAUGAAUAAAAAUUAUAGUUACACAUGUUACAGAAA